GUGAGGCGGGGCGGCAGCGUCAAUACGGGUGGCCGGGCGGCGGACGGACGGCAGUCUGCGGCGAGCUCGGUCGCUGGAAGCCGCGCCGCUGUCGGAAGAGGCGGCCGACCGAGCGGGCCAGCAGGCCACUCCGACCAGCCGAGUCGAGAGGAGAACCUCUGCCGCGCUGAGAGGAGAGCUCCAGCGGGACCAAGCAGAGAACAUUCCAUCCGCCUCUGCACCAAAAGGUGCGCCACCAUCCGCUCGCCAUGCUCCGCGCUCUGGUUGCUGUGGGCCUGGGCUGCUCGCUGAUCUGCAGUGUCAUUGGUGCCGAGUUUCGCUACCAACUGCUCAAUGACAUCCAGCCACUGGACGAUUUGCCGCCGAGCGCCUAUCUUGACGAGGACAACUACCUUAGAGAUCCUGAACGAAUGAUAAGGGUCAGGAAGGCAGCGGGCAACUGUUACGCUCAGGGCAAGUGUCUCUACUACAGCAAGCGUAUGAAGGGCGAGUUCUGUGGCACUUGCGGCAAACGCGGCAGCUGCUUCCCAGGAAGCGCUACGGUGCUGAAGGAAACCGGCGAGGUCACUCCGAUGACGAACCUUCGGGUCAACGAUAGGGUGCUCGCGGCGAGCCGCUCUGGAGAGCUCACCUUCAGUCCGGUGGUGACCUGGCUGGACAAGCGCUCUAACGACACCACUCAGUACCUGGAGCUGUCCACAGAGACGGGCCACCGGCUCCGGCUGUCUCCCAACCACGUGCUGCUCGUCAACGAGCAACAGGAGCUCGUCUCCCGUUUUGCCUCGGACAUCUGUCCCGGAGACCUGCUGAAGGUGGCCGACUCUGACUCCGACUCAGAGUCAUCCUGGUCGCCGGUGACCGACGUUCGUCCCCUGGUCGAUACUGGAGCGUUCGUGCCGCUGACCGCUGAGGGGACGAUCGUGGUGGACGGUGUGCUGGCCUCGUGUUACGCCUCGUUCGACCACGACUGGGCCCACCUGCUGACUACGCCGGUUCGCUGGUUCCCCUGGCUGUUCGAGGGGGAGGAGGAGAGGGAGGCCGACGGACCCAGAGCUGCUGUGGAACAGCUGAAGGAGGUGGGUCGCUGGCUCUUCCCCGAGCCCGGCUCUAAGAACCGCGCCGCGCCGGACGACACCGUCAUCCAGCUGACGGACAAUGACGCCGGCGUCAUCCGCCUGCCGCUGAUGGCGUCCCUCGCGGCCAACAGUCAGUAGAGACGUCCGAUCAGGGAGCACCGCCGGGGUUAAAGGACCCUCGCGGCUGGUUAGAUCCGACAAGAACCAAUCCGACCCGGCCGCAACUUAGUUAAUCUAGUGUCACCUGGCUCUCUGUGCUGUGAGGCUUGAUUUUGGUUAAAAUUCAGUUAGUUGGAGCCAGUGGUGUGCUGGAAGAUGCCAUGGACGGUGUGCAAAUUAUGCUAAAACAUUUAAAUUGGCGGAGUCUGGACUCAGUUUGAGAAACACUAUGUCAGAAGGGACGAGCGUACUUCCUCAGAGACAGUCAAAUGAAUGACAAAAGUCACGUGAAUACCCAAACGAGCCCCAAACCAAAUGAAGAUAGCGAACGUCCAGGGCAUCUUGCUGCACACCGAUUGGUCCCUAGUGUCACCCAAUGAGCGUUUGUCGGCCGGCCGGCCGGGGGCUGGCGGCGGGGUCAAGCCCCACUGUGACCCUGCCGCGCCCCUCCCGGCCGGCCGGUGACCUCUGGCUGACCUCUGACCCCUGAGCGCGCCCAUCUGGCCGGACGCCGGCCGGCUCGGCCGAGGCUGUCGACGAUGCCAGCAGAUCACCGCCAAUGGCCAAACUGUCGUAAACGCUGCCCAAUAUCCGGCUCAAGUUGAGCGGCCGCCGCCGUCUGCCCAUUCCGCUAGACGGUCGGAGAGCGGCCGGUUCUCCGUGACGUCCGAGUUUGGUGAUCCUCGUCGUUCAGCCGACCGGCGUCUGUCGUUGUUGUUGAUGCCCCCCCGAUUCGAGCGCGGCAGUGGCGGCCGGCCGGCCCGUCCCCCUGAACCGAGACGUGACCUCUGCCUGACCCUGACCGGGUCACGUCUCCGGACGGCCCAGCGCUGGGCGUCCGACCGGGCCGACCUGUCCCCGAGGAUAUCGCCGCUACAACUACCCAUCGGGUGGCUCUUGACUCCCGGGGAGUCGUCAACAACCAGAGGUGUGGUGAGGCUCAAACCGCUUGCAGCUUGCUAAGUUCGGAGCCAUUGAGCUCAUUUAUAGCCAAGUUUCCUUUGUGAUCAAUAGGCGAAGUUGGUCCCGCUUACCCUGCUUUCAGAUUUGUUGACCAUUUUUCGGAGUGACGGCGUCACGCGAGUUGAAUUCUGUGACCUGCCGACCCCCUCGUAACUGUCGGUCCCUCGCAGCUAGCGCUACAGCGCUAAUGAACAGAGUUGGUCGGUACACCUGGCUGCCACGCAACAGCAACGCCCACACCCACUGAAAACGGGGCUCGGAUGCCUGGAACAGUAUCGACGAAUAUAGCAACACUAAAAUAGACUAAUAGUCAAUAGCAGACUUUUCAACACAAGUCUGGAACGAUCUCUCGUAGAUUCGUCGAUUCUGUUUCACGCUCCCGACCUCGGCGAUGAAGAGAUUCGUGAAGGAUUGUCUGCGUCGCGAGCUGCGAGCUGUGUAAAGUCUCGAAGGACAGUGUCAGAAAGCGUCAGCCCGUGCCAGCCGAGUGCGCUAGAGUGCGGGCUGACUCUCGUGUUGUGUGUGAAACGCGACAUAUCAUUUCGAGCAUAUCAGCUAACGUUAGCGGUCUCUGGGCCAGCGAACUGUAGCAUGCUACAGUCUCUCAUAGCCAUGCUGUCGCUAUAGUACAGUUAAACAUAUCAGAUGUGUGAUAUAUUCUCGAUGAGUGGCGCCUCUUAGACAUAGUUAUGCAUACUCGCUAGUUUUAAAGUGGCCCAUUAGGGUGCGACAGAAAAGGUUACAUAUUUUACUCGUGGCAUUCGGUAAGACGAGAAGUCUUUGAUUGAAACCAGUUUUCAUUGUGCAUUUUGAACACUACGGUUCCUGUGAUCGUCUGAUAGGUAUCGACUACAGUCGUUAGGUGCUGCAUAUUUGCUCUCUUACAAGACAAGACCAGCAGAUUAUAUUGUUUGUGGCGUAUUUGGCGUUUUCAAAUAUACGGGCAACACAUCUCU